GGCGCUAACCCUGCAGUGCAGAGAUGGCGGCGGCCGCGGUUGUGCGUGCAGGGAGCCGGCUUCCAGUGUCCUGGGCUUUGGGGUCAGGCUCUUUGUGGACAAGGCAACUUUAUCCAAGUACCUUACCUGCAAUUUCCAGUUUUACAUCAAGGGUUCCUCCUUGCAAUGGUAGUUUUGCGCUACGAGGAGCUAGGAGUCAUCAUUAUUAUACCAACUUAGCCCAUGCCCUCCAGACUCAAUGUUGUAUUUCUGCUCCUAACAAAUUGAUAGGACAGCCACAUAAACACUACAGUUUCUUCACCAAAUUGACAGCAGAAGAGCUAUGGAAAGGGGCCUUAGCUGAGUCUGGUGCUGGAGCGAGGAAAGGAAGAGGAAAAAGAAGCAAGAAGAAAAGGAAGAAGGACCUAAACAGGGGUCAGAUUAUUGGUGAAGGACGUUCUGGUUUUCUCUGGCCUGGUUUGAAUGCCCCUGUUUUGAAACAUGGGAUGGUUCAGGGAGUUGGCCAAAGAGGCAAAGAAGAACAGUUGAAGAUACAGGCUGAAAUGAUCCAGCACAGAGACGAGUGGGACAAAAAGAGAAAAAAGAAGAUUAAACGGGAAAGAGGUUGGACUGGAAACUCUUGGGGAGGAAUCAGUUUAGGAGCCCCAGAUCCUGGCCCUAAUGGAGAAACUUACGAAGAUUUCGAUACCAGAAUACUUGAGGUAAGAAGUGUUUUUAAUAUGACAGCAAAAGAAGGAAGGAAGAAGUCAGUGCGGGCCCUCGUAGUGGUUGGGAAUGGAAAAGGAGCAGCAGGUUUUGCUGUUGGGAAAGCCCCUGAUCGGGUCAAUGCUUUUAGAAAAGCAAAGAAUAGAGCAAUUCAUUAUUUGCAUUAUAUAGAAAGAUAUGAAGACCACACAAUUUACCAUGAUAUUUCUUUAACAUUUAAGAAAACACAUAUUAAGAUGAAGAAGCAACCCAGAGGUCAUGGUCUUCGUUGUCAUCGAGCCAUUAUUACAAUUUGUAAACUAAUUGGAAUUAAAGAUAUGUAUGCAAAGGUUACUGGAUCUGUCAAUUUAAUUAAUAUAACCAGAGGAGUCUUCCAUGCAUUAUCAAAACAGGAAACUCAUCAGCAGCUGGCAGAGAAGCAAAGCCUUCAUGUCGUCGAGUUCCGGGAAGAAUGUGGCCCUCUGCCCAUCGUGGUGGCCUCUCCUCAAGGAGCAGUUAGAAAAGAGCCUGAGCCCGAGGAUGAAGUGCCAGACACCAAAUUAGACUGGGAUGAAGUCAAGAUGAGUCAGGGACUGAAAAAGUCAGUUUGGGCAAACUUAAAGAGAGCUGCAUCCUGAGCUGUCUUCUCCCUCUUGCAGCUGAAUUGAGGCAUCAAAGGGCCAACAGAAAAGACUCAAAUAUGUUGUGUUCUUCAGGAGAAGUAAAUAUCCCAUGUGAAGACAGCACAGCUAUUGUUUGAAUGAAUGGAAUUCUUCGCUACUACUGUAUAUGGAAUUCUCAGUGUGUUAUUUAAUUUGCUGGCAAGCUGAGUUUUAAAUUCUGAGUGUUCUCAGAAGUGCUCCAAUCAGAAGCCCCCUUUUUAAAGCAUGUGAGACUCGUGUGAGUUCAGUGUAACCCUGUGUAAUUAAGUAUCCAAAUAAACCUGAUUCUGAUUUUUACAAAAUUCAA